AUGGAGGAAGAGAGGGAGGAACGAGAAGAAGGCACCCAAAGUGGGACGACUUCUACCCAGGCUGAAACCCCGCCGCCGAGCUGCGCCCGGGAGGGCGAUGAGCUCUGUGAACCAGAGGAGGACCGCCAGGCUGACUGUGGAGCCAGUGAUGGAGAGGCAGAGCCCAGCCAGGCUGGAGAGGAUCAGCAUAACAGUGGUGCAGAAAGCUCUGAGGGGACUCUGACUCCCACGGCGACACAGGAGAGUACUGACUGCCUCCCAGAGCCCCCCCUGCCAGCAGAGGACGAGUUCAGCCCCCCCUCAGAGUCAUCUCAUCCCUCCAACUCACAGAAUCAUUCAUCGGAUCCCUGCUUUUAUUGCUUGAGGUCUUUGGACUCAGAUUAUCGUCCUGAAGCUGCAAAACAGGAAGACUCCGAUCCUUCUGCAGCACUGCCCUCUAGUGGCCAGAAGCUGAGCUACCAAACGGACCCUCGGCCUCACUUCGGGGUGGCCUGUUCCUCCCACUCCACAUGCCGUCCUCUGUGGGGCAGCGAGGGGCCCUGCUGGGGACAGAGGCUCCAGGAAAUGCCCGACCAGACCGACACCUGUCCCCACUGCCAUCUGGGUUUGCCCCUUGACACACUGCGCUGGCACGAGGCGAAGUGUCUGCUGUUUGAAGGGCUGCGGAAUGCAAAGAAAUAAGAGACACCAUCAUCCUC